GAUGAAUCCGGCUGCUCUCUCAGCCGGCGGACACCUCAAAUCCAUUUCUCUGACUGCAUGAAGACGCUGCCAAAACCCACCGGGAAGAGGAGGAUUGUGACAAAAAUAUCAUGUCUGAGCCCAGAAACUAUGAGUGAAGGUCCGGCGUGUUGUCCAGAUGCUGAGGACUCUCCGACGGAGGGGAAGUUGUGAGUCAGAGGCGGAGGACCUGAAGCAACUUUUAUAGACUUUCAAGUCCGCCGAGUGCAAGUCGCAAAACAGCCCCAGUUCAGACUCGUAAGACUCGGGGACUUCGCUGUGGACAGCUUUGACACAAGUGCAGUAUUUUAAGGUUAUGUGUUGUCGAGGGCGUCUAGAAGCGGAAAGGAAAUGGCAUUUCUGGCUUUGGUGGUUGACAAUGGAGAAUAAAUGAAAGGAACCUUUCCAGGGGAUUAAUUGACAGCACAACGACAGAAUGCAGGAGAGGGACCUACGGAGCAUGUGCAGAAGGGCGCUGCUGCUGGCCGUCUGUAUGGUGUCUCUUUGGGGACAACUGACCAGCGCAUCGUCUCACAGAAGCCACAUAGUUCAUGUGAAAGCGGGGACCUGUGAGGUAAUUGCUGCACACCGGUGCUGCAACAAGAACAAGAUCGAGGAGCGAUCCCAGACUGUCAAAUGCUCCUGCUUUCCUGGACAGGUGGCGGGAACAACAAGAGCGGCUCCAUCUUGUGUAGACGCAUCCAUAGUUGCACAGAAGUGGUGGUGCCAGAUGCAUCCCUGCAUGGAUGGAGAAGAGUGUAAAGUGCUGCCCGAUCUCAAAGGAUGGAGCUGCAGUACAGGAAACAAAGUUAAGACAACCAAGGUCACACGAUAGUCAUCAUCUGUUUCCAAGAUAACCUUGUUUGGAACCAGACGUUGUUUUUUUGACCAACACCGUAGGACGUUUGGAUAUGAUGUGUUUUGAGGAUUGGUGGAAACCCGGGACCAACAAGGCAAAAAAAAAAAAACCCAUGGACAUUCCACUGGAUGAAUGGAAAAAAAAGCACCAGAGAGCUUCAUUUAAGACUACAUUUCCACAAAGAUACCUGACUUUAGAUCCAGCAUCAACAGUAGCUGAACUCUACUGCCCACCAAAUCUCUCUUUGUAUUAUAGAUUUGUUCCUAUUGACUCAAAGACUCCAAGAACCAUGAAAUAUUUAUUGACUGAAAGACUGUGGGUUACACCAGAAAAAGAAAAAUCACCCUUAAAAACAAAACCAUGUGAUGUGAAACUUUUGUGUUACUUUCUUGCCACAUAAAGAGGCCCAAGACUCUUGAUGCAUAUCUGUGUUGAAGAUCAAGUGAGAUCAUAAGCUUUUUCAUUCCUUUUAGCCUUAUGGAGCAGAAAAUCUUAUGUUUCUUUUUUUAUUUGAAAAAAAAAUAACUAUACAGUGUUUAGCUUUUUAUUUAGUUUGUUAGGAUGUCUUCUUUUUAAUGACAAAAGACGAUGCCACAACAAUACAACCCACAAAUAUACUGUAUGUAAUGAUGUUCGGCUGAAAGUCACCAAGGGUCAAUACAGCUGAGUUCUGCCAAAAUGUUUUAAUGGUAUCUGUUGUUUUCGAAGCCUGGUGACUACCAUUGAUACAAACAUGUCAAUAUUAUCUCAAUAAAUCUAACUAAAUGGA